GUCGACUUCGGCAGCCUUGAUCCGAACCUUCUUUACUCCAAGUACGAGCAGACGGCAGCUGCGCACUGGGCGAAGCAUGACCAGCUGCUCGAGAACUUGCGCGUCGGCAAGCUCACGAAGGUCCCAGGAGAUCAGGCCGUCAAGCCGGGCAGAGUCCUGAAUAGGCUGCAUGAGCUCCCUGAAGCGUGUUGGACAGUAACUCCCAACGAGAGCAGGGGGUGUCAAUAUUACACGCGCGCUCUCAUCGGACCUGUCAUCAGAGAAGUAAUGCUGGACUCAGGGGCCGGCGUGAACACGAUUCCCGAGGAAGCAGUGCUGGAGAUUAUCAACGUCUGCGAAGCAGCCGGGAUGCGGCUGGACGACGACAACCACCCGAUUCUCCAGCUAGAGACCUGGCGAUAUGGAGAGGAGUGCCGAGGGAUCGCAGGAGGAGCGAAGGUACCGCUGAUCGGAGCCGUGAGCCUCAUGAUGACCUUCACCGAUCGGCUCACGAACAGACGAGCGACAGUACCCGCAAAGUUCAAGAUCCUCGCGGCGAACCGCACCGAUUGGGUGCCGAUCAUCUUGGGAGGCAUGGCUAUCGACUGUGUCGAGCGUAAAGGCCUAGGCGUUGUGCCACAGAAGGCGGGAUUUUACAUGGCCGCCUUGAACAUCAGCGUCGAACGGCUCGACAAGCAUAGUCACGGGCGACCCGAUGGGACGGUAUGCGCUCUGCGAUCUGAGAUUGUCCGAUCUGCCUUCGAUUCCGAUUCAGAGGACGGAGAAGGUGAGGACGACGCGGACGCUUCCAUGUACGAGUCGGCGGCUAGUUCCGAAGUUUCUCCGACGCUCCUGUCAGCAGCAGCGAAGGAGGCCUUGAGAGAUGAGUACAGCCAGGUCGAGAUCGACGAAUUGGUGCUGAACACUGUUGGCGUCGUCAUUCCCACGGGGGGCGGCGCAUGGGUACCAGUCGUACGCAGAGAAGCGAAUGCGGACCCGGAGACCGGGGGCCUACCGGACUCAGAAGCCGGUAGGAAUAAGCAGAAGAGCAUGCCUGCUGACAAAAGCUUCCCAGGGAUCGGGUCCGCAGAAAUCGUAGUUCCUUUGGCAGGACGGCCGGAGGUAGUCCCCGGCCUCUGGGAUACUGGAGGCCAAGAAGGGAUGGUCUUCAUUGCGAACCCCACGGGCGCAGACGUCCCGAUUUCGGAAGGGGAGUGCGUAGCAGGAAUAAUCCCUGCCGGAGUUCAGACACGGACUUGCACGGCGUGUGGUUUCGUCGACACGGACGCCUUUGUCAACGACCUGACGAUGUGCGACACGUGCGGGACGUUGCUCCCAAAAGGCCGAUCGCCGUGCCGGAGGUGCCUCGCCGAACCAUCUGGGGGCGAGCACGUGAAGCUCCACAUGUACGCAGGAUGCUCGGACUGCAAGGCUAAGGUGCAGUCCCUCUUUGCGAACACCGAGAUCGACUGCCCUGCGGAAGCUCGCAAUGAGAUGAUGGCCGACUCGGCGGCCGAGAGACGGCAGCGGGAGGACCAGGUUCGAGUCGAUCGGACUAAGGUCAGCGUUAGCUCGGCGGAUGGCAGUACCGUUGGCACGUUGGAAGUCCAGGAUCCGAGAACGACACCCUAUUUCUUCGUGGAGGAAGUCGGUCACAUUGUCGAGGAGCCGGGAGGCAUCCGACACAUGACAGACUGCGAAGUCCCUCCGGCUGGCUACUACGUGGAGCUGGAGAAGGAUGUGGCCAGGCGACGCCCGAAGGCGAGCAAGCACGUUAUCGAGCACGCGAUUUGCACGGAAGCGUUCUUCGAUGUGUCGAUUAUUGCGGGAUUCUCGCACGGGGUUUCGAAGGCUCAGAUCUUCAAGCAAGAGGCCGUUUUGCUGGGGAACAAAGUCGGUAGGUUUGGAGCCACGGCGGAUCCAGAAAAGACCGCUGCUAUCAUGAACUUCGAUCCGCUGAAGGAACAGACUCACGUCCGACAGUUCCUGGGAUGCACGAACUGUGUGAGGGGAUACAUGCCCGAAGUAUACCCAGUGGCCGCCAAGAUCUUGGGGCAGUUCAACAAGUUGGACGCGGUGUUCCCACCAGAAGGCCUCGGAGGGCCGAAGCCUCCUACCAGUAAGGACCCUAAGAUCCAGGAGGGCCACCGUGCAGUUCGAGCGAUCAAGCUGAUGACGAAGUACUGCGUCGAGCGUGCCGUCAUGGACGUUGCUGGAGCGAUUGACGGGACUCGGCCGCUCGAGCUGAUCGCCGAUGCCUGCGGGUACGGCUGGGGAGGAGUGGUGCUGCAGAUGGAUGCUGCGAUGACCGCGUUCAACGUCCUACUGAUAGUGGGGGGCGGAUUCACCGAAGCUCAGCAGCACUGGCACCCCUUCCAUGCUGAAGCUAAUGCUCAGCUUAUGUUGAAGAGAGCCCAACGUAAGCAUCUUGGAUCGAUGAAAUCAAUCUGCUGGACAGACCAUGCUAACGUCACGAGAGCGGCGAAUAGCAUGGCGACGGCUGACGUCGACAGUAAAGUGCUGCGCUGGAUCGCCGAGAUCUGCGCGGACGGGUCGGAGAUCCGAUCCCUUGCUGGCAGGUCGGCCAGGCUGGCCGACGGAAUCUCGAGGAAUUGUGGCAAUCGAGACCAGCUCCUGGAGGAAAGGACGAAGGAACUAGUCGAUCGGUCUGGGAAGCUCCAGUCGUUCAACCUCAAGCAGUACCUGUCGGACUGCGAAGAACCAGACUCCAUCCAACCGUGGGCGGUUGGCGAAGAUGGAUGGAUAUCAGCAAAGGAUGCGGACGUCGCAGGAGCUCUGGGACUGGCGAAGGCAGCGAGCGCGGCAGCGACGGCGGGCUUAGCCAGUGCAAGCCCUGCUCGCAGCAGCCAGGAUCAGGCGGUGGAACUCGAGUCGCCGAUCGAGGAGGUUAUGGGCCUAGACUUCAGCAACAUUCAAGAACAGUCCGAGGAUCCAGUGGAGCCGACAUGGGACAUCGUGACCCAGUUCCAUGCUCUACCAGACCCGGCUAGAGUGAGAAGCCUAGCCUGGGCCCAUCAAGUCAUGGCGGAUGCCGGGACCCCCUUGACGGUGCGAGUUCUAUACUUAUCAGCAGGAGGACACCCUGAUCAGACCAAGCUGGAAAUGGCUAGGCUGGGAAGGGACCUGGGGACCUUUCUGCCCCACUGUAUGGUGGAAAUGGGACUCGGAGAACUACCAUUCUUUAACGACGUGACCAACAUCGGUAGCUACUUCGACCCAGGGACGUUCUCCGUCAGGUCGGAGACUCAGAGGAACAAGAACAUUAAGAAGGAUCUAGUGACCUCCGUAAGAGCGACCCUUCGAUCUGUCGAGAGGUUCAAGCCGACGUUCAUCGUAGGAGGCGGAGCCGGAGCAGUUGUCGCGCUCGGGCUAUCGAGGCCGGAGUUCGUGGAGGAGACGUUCCAGUACGGGAACGUCCAGUUGGUCGAGAUCGAGAGGAUCGCCCCGAUCUGGUCCCAGAUUUUAAUGAUCGUGGCAAGGAGACCGGCAAUGACGAAGGCGAGCCUCGAUGUGGAUCUCCUGGAAAGGCUGUUACCGACGCUCUUUCGGACAGGAGACGUCGAGCCUGACAUACCGAUAUUGGGUGUCACCAAGUCGACUGCAGUCAAUGCUGGCGUACCUUUUCGGGACAAAGUGGUGCGGUUCUUCGAGCAAGCAAAGAUACCGAUGCACUCGACGCUGGCGGAUGUGAACUGGAAGGACGCGACGAGUUUCCCUCGACGACCGUACUGGGGCCAUCAAGGAGUGUGUGCCUGCGGCAAGCGGGUGUACCUCUUCUCGAGGUGUUUCGGCUGUAAGCGCCGGGAUAAGCAGGAGGAGGACGAGAGUGUCGACGACUUCCUCCGGCGUGCGAACUCCAGGCGCGCGGAUGUCACGCCUCUGCCAGAUCGACCAGCCGACGUCAUGGCCAGACCCCCGGACCGAUACGGCCGGGACCCUCAGUGUGCGACGCCUCUGGAGAGGGAGCACGCACGACUACGGAAAGUAGUAGUGGGGGACGACGUCGAGGAGAUCGAGCGAGAGGCCGGUCCCAUGAAGGCCGUCGUUGCGGUGGAAGGCGAGCCUGAUCUUCCGCAGGAGCCCGAAGGCGAGGACGAUCUGCCGGCAAAGAUCGAGCAGAACCUCGCAGCGUCCGCCCUGAGACGGAACCAGUUGCCGUGGACUCGCCGGAUGGCUCUGAACGGCGGCAGGGGCGUCCAGGACAUUGACUUCUUGAGCCCGAUCGGCGUGUUGCAGAGUGUGCAGGACGCCGGUGGAUUCUUCGAACUCGUGAACAGUCCUUUGGUUUGGCCCAAAUGCGAGCGGGUAGGAUUUGGCUAUGCCGGAGACGACCUGCGCAGGGAGUUCUCCGUCAUGAUCGACCGCGGGAGGCACGACCCUUGGGAGACGUGGACCCCGUUUGAGAUCACAGACGAUGUGUAUGGAGGACACCGCCCGAUGGCGAGGCGGCCGACCAGAGCGGAGUACGAGAUUGGCGAACGACGAGACAUCUCGAAGAAGGAGUUCGACUCCUCCCAGACCCAGAGGUACAGGAUGAUCAUCGCAGUGGACCUCAGCUAUCACUGGCAGGAGGCCCACGAUGGAGUUCUUAAUCACGGAGCUUCACCGGCUUUGCGGCUUCAGGUCACUCCCAUACAGCAAUGCGUGGACCUGAUGACGACGGAAGCCUCCUCGGUUUCGAUUUGGAAGGACAUAGGCGAAGCUCGUUUCGCAGAAAUCGAGAUGUCCGGCGUCUCCCCGGCGCUGGACAAACUUUUGCUCGAACACUGCGGAGACAGACGCCCGCCUUCAAAUCGAACCCAUAUGGCCGAGAGCCUCAUCGAGCAUCCGACUCCUGAAGAGGUGAGGAACUUCGGAUCGAUCUACGGCUUGAACGCGGAAUGGGUCUGGGGCCAUACUACCGAAGCUUGGGACCAAAUGACAAGUAUCGUUUACCAUUGGAUUAAGAGAAUGCUGGACUUUUCUCGGCACGGAGACGACGGGAGCGUGAUAGUCUUCGGGAAGACGGCAGGCGACAAGAACUGGAGUGUCGUCUUUGCCUUCAAGACCUCGGAGGCCACUAAACGCUCGGAGGCCGACGAGGGCGCCUUCGUUUUCAAGAUGCUGAGAGGGUUCGACGCGAUGAGAAGGCCAUCACUGUCGGAGACUAUCGCUGCCAUGGGGGAAGGCACCAUGCCGUGCGCUACCAUGUGCACGAUCCACCACCAGAGGAUGCCGACCCAGAGGCGGCCCCGCUUGAUAGUCACCUAUUUCAGCAGUCGAUGGAUGCUUUUCGACAAGUAUGAGUCGGACAGCCGGACGUGGGAAGCAGUUCAGCGCCGAGCGACAGGCCGGCGUGAAGACUGGUCGUGGAUCCAAGGAAACGCUGGACCAAUGGUACCUAAUGACAAGUACCAGCUUUCUAGGCUGUACACGACGUUAUACCCCUUUGAAGGGCCCUUGAGCGUCGAAGAUCACGACGAAGUGGAAGGACUCCUUCCACCCCCGACGCCCAGCGAUCAGACGGUGGCGUCGGAGCGGGACCUCGUGCAUUUUCUGGGAGACGAGGAGGAGGAGCAGGCCCUCAAGGAGUCGUCCCUUGUCAAGUAUCGGGACUGGAAUUCCAACCGUGACAAGGAGAGAGCCAAGUUGGAAGUGGAAGCUGAAGAGGCCUGGGAGUUCACUGUCAGCACGACCCUCCGGGUCGAAUGGUUGGCUGCGCAGCAGAGGGAUGCCGAUUGUGUGCGCACCCUCAAGAAUUUGCACCAAGCAAGGAGGAGUCGCGCCUAUGAUGCUCCCCGAGAUCCAACCCGCUUAGCCAGUGCGAGCGGGCGCAGGGGGGACGUUGCCCAGUCGAUCUUGGACACGUUCAGGAUCGCCGAAGACGGGCUGUUGGAACGACGAGUUCAGUCAUCGAACUUAGGACAACAGCCGUGGGUUCCCGUUGUUCCUGAAGGAUACGCUACUGGGCACCUUACCUGGAAGAAGUUUGACUUCUUGCAGUGUCACCUAGGAGUGCUCGGAGGCCACAGGAGCGCGGACAAGACAUUCGCCUGCAUGAAGCGUUUGUGCUGGUGGAGGCACAUGCACGGGAACGUGCAGACUUGGGUCAAGAACUGCGGGACCUGCUUGCGGUUCCGAGCCGUGCCUCAGAAAGUACCGACGGGCCCUUCGGUCCCUGCCGACAUGGAAUGUUGGCAGGAAGUGAUGAUUGAUCUCGAAGGACCUAACCCAAUCGACAGGAUGGGUAAUAGGUACUACAUGACGUACAUAUGCUGCCUCUGCCACGGAGUCUUCUUGUGCGGGCUGCGGGGCACGAGUGCGAACGAAGCCCGCCGGGCCUUCGCAUCGUGCAUGUUCCGCUCCGGGACGAUUCCGUCAGUCGUUCGGAGCGACUGCGGCCCCGAGUUCAAGAACCGCGUGAUGGAGGAAUUCACGUCGAUCUUAGGCAUCGGACAGAAGUUCGGAACGCCAUGGAGGCCCAUGGAACAAGGGCUCGUGGAAGGGAAGCAUAAGGAGGUCCAGAAGCUGUUCGGGAUCUUGGUCAAGGAUGUGAUGAAGUGCUUCCCGGACGAGGUCUCGGAGUUACUACCUGUCAUCGAGUACAUGAUCUACAAUACUCCAGGGCCUCACGGCUACACGCCGAGAGAUAUCGACCGAAGGUUGUCUAUGAAGACACCUCUCGAACGGGAACUUCAUGGAGUGACGGUGAGCGAGUCAGAGCCGCUCAGUGAGAAGGUGAAGGCCACCUUCACGGCUUACGACCAAGUCCGGAAGCAGGUCUUGGAGAUGAAGCGACAAGACGCGAUGCAGCGGGCAGACCUCUCGAAUCGCCACCGAGUCGGCAAGCGGAUUCAGAAAGGCGAUCACGUCUUAGUUCGAGACAACCGGCCGAACAGAAGCGGGGGGCGUACGGUGUGGAAGUCGCCUCUGUCCGAACCGGCCGUCGUUCUCGACGUUCACCAUAAUAAAAUUCGCGUUCGGCAUCAGGAUGGCACCGAACGAGAGGUCCAUGUUGAGCAAGUCCUUCAGAUUCCUGGUGGAUAUGAGGACCAUGAGCAUCUGAACCCGACCGACAUGGCGGGCGAUCCGACCGACAUGGCCGGUCCUGGGGCGAAUCUGACCCCAGUCCCGCCUGAUGAAGGUGUUGUUGCCCAGCCGGAAGGUCAGGUUCAGCCGAGGUCCCCAGGGCAAAUGAUGGAGGACAACGGAGAGACGCUGUAUAAGCACCAGAAAGAAGUUCGAAAGAUGUUUCCUCGUUCGCGAGGCAAAAGAGAAGAACUGGUGCCCGGCGUCACGAAGAUCGCUUACUCGACGUCAUCCGAAGUGAAGGCGAUGACAGUGGGCCUGUUCAUGAGAAGCUUGGACGAGACCCAGGAAGUGGAAGUACAUGUCUACGGAGUGGCGAGAGAUUUGAGACUCACGACCAAAUGGAAGCCGCUCUCCUACGACCGACCAGGCCGCCCAUCUCUCCAAGGAGACGCCGACUGCACCGAGCAAGCUGUGCUGGAGAAGAUAGCCUACAACAGGAUCAUACGGCCAGUAGGCUUGAGCCAGGCGGGAGUGAUGACGGCGGCAGACCUUCGAGCCUUGGACACCCAGGGGUGGUCGGCGAAGCCAUCCCGUCUAGGCGAAGGAUAUGCUCUCGUGUCUAGACUGGCAGUCCUGGACCAUCUGAGCGGCCAGGACAAGUUCGGCGGAGUCUUCGCCAAGUACCAGGACUUCAAGCAGGUCGAGGCGGGCAUCGACCGUAUCACGGUUCCGGGCCUCGAUUCCAUGCUGGAAAGGAUUCGACAACCCAGAGACAUGUCGAAUGUCCCGGCCGGAGCCGCGGCCUAUUGGCCUGGAAGAAUCUGGGGAGGAUCCGAGCCAGUGCCGGAUCCGCCACGGAUCCCCGCCUCAGGGCCGGCGAUCGGCGGAAUGGGCAACGGAAAGUACGAAGUCGACUUCCUGGAGCUGUUUGCGGGAUGUGGGAUUCUCACCGAAGCCUGCAGUAUUGCUGGCCUGAAAGUGGCCUCGGGACUGGACGUAUUGUACCAGAGCUAUGGCAGGGCGUGGAAUUUCGCGAAUCCCGUUGACCAAGCGGACUGUGCGUACUUGAUCGUUUACGUCUUCAAACCGAAGAUCCUGCAUCUUGGGAUCCAGUGUACGGAGUUCAGCAUGCUGGGCAACCGGGACCCGGAUGCCGAGACUCUGGCAUGUGUAGAGUUCUCAGGGAAGUGUGCCGACCAUCAGAAUCGCAUGAAACUGGGGGCGUCCAUCGAGGGCCCCUGGAAGUCGGACCUCUGGGACCACGAGCUCCUCAGUCAGUACGUGGAGUUCACUGAUCAAGGGUCAGCCUGGGAACGGAUCCGAAGCGCGGGUUGCCAGUUCGGUAUGACCUUCCCAGGUCACGAGGAUGUCGAGGUGCAGGACGGUGACGAGUGCUACGUCUGUGAUGCGUAUGGAUCAUGCAUCGAGAAAGGGCGCGGCUGGCUCAGUAACUUCGGGCUGGACCUUCUGUCUCGGAAAUGUCACAACCCAGACGCCCUUGCUAAGACGAUGCACUUCCACAUUCAUGCUCGAGGAGACUAUCUCGAUCCAGAAGACGGGAAGAAGAAGAAAGUGGCGAAGUUCACCGGAAAGUAUACCCCGCAGGAGGCAGCCGCUUAUGCCCAAUGCGCUGCACUUCGGGUGUCUACCGAGUAUGAAAGGAUGACCCUUGAAAAGAUCGAGCAGCAGAAACCGACGGAAUUGAUGAAGAUUGCGAAGAAAUCACGGUGGUACGUUCAGUACCAAGGUCAGCCUCCUAGACAGUUCGGGGGGCCGGACUUGCCUCGAGCGAGCUCGACGAAGUCGACCCGAGGCUCGGAGACGAUGGAGCGGAAGGAUGAUCGACCGCGGGCUCCUCGUCGAGAUCUCGGGAAGGACCGCAAGAGCCGCCGGUCGGCGGGUGCCGUGGAGAGCGGAGCGAUCUCUUAUGCUUCGCUGGGCAUUCUGCACUCGAUCCCGGAAGGAUCGGACUCGGAAGAGGACGAUUCGACGGAGGCCUGGAAUAUUGAACCAACUGGACUCGGAGCGACACGCCCGGGCAGUGGCGAGACCUGCCGAGCGCCGGGACCUGACCCCGACCCUCUCACCGGGGAUCCUGAUGCUCCUCCUCGGCAACGGACCAUGAAAGAGGAGCAGGAAGACCGGGGGAGGCACAAAGCGGAGCAGGUCAAGUGGGAUCAGCUUUGGAUGAAGCGUGCAUCGGAGAAGGACUGGGACCAGAUCCGGACCCCCUUGGAGGCAUACCGUUACUCAGGAUUCAAGGACGAGGUGACGGCGGACACUCGACGCACCCCUGACUACGUGCAGAGGGUCCUCGCAGAGCUAGGCGUAGCGAAAGGCGCGCCUCCCCUCGAAGGGUUAUCGGAAGCGGACAUGGAGGUGGUCAGAGAAAUGGUGACUCGCAAAGCGGCAGUCUUCUGGAUUGAAGGGACCCCGCGGACCACCUUGCUCCAUCUGAUGCACGACACUCGCCCUACGGGGCCUCCCGUUAGGACGCCGCCGCAUAACCUAAAGGCGGAGGACGCUCAGUUUGUCGACGAAAAGUUGAUGGAAGAAGUCCAGACAGGCCAGUUGGAGCGGGGCAACAGCCCAUGGGCUUCCCCGCCGUUCCCGACGAAGGAUUUCGCUGCACACAAGAGGCAGCGGAAGAAGCGCAUCGUGGUGGACUACAGGAGAGUGAACCAGCGGACGGAGCGAGCCGUCUACUUUGUGAGGAACCAGGAGGAGAUUGUGAUGUCAUGCGCCGGCAGCGUCUUCCUUACGCUCGUCGACGCCUGCAAAGGGUUCAACCAGAUCGUGAACACCGAGAGGGCGCGUCAGAUGUUGGCCAUUCUCGCUCGGAGCGGACAGUUCCUACCGAGAUGCCUGACCUUCGGGCCGACGAAUGGGCCCGAGGACUUCGCCUUCGCGACGGACCGGGUCUUCGCCCCAGGUGAAGGACGGCGUCGAUGGUUUUGCGACAACUGGCAGAUCUACGCGGACGACGUCACUAUUCGGACAGGUCGAGUCUUGAGCGGACGCCUGUACACCGAUGAGGAGUACCGAUCGAAGAUCGACGCGGCGAAGAUCAGGAAGCAGGAGAUGGAGGAGUCGGAGAAUUCCGCGGAGAAGCAGAUGGUCAGCUUGGAGGAGGAGCCGAAGGCGCGGAUCGACAGGACCGCGCCGCGGACCGAGAAGGCCGCGCGUCGACAGGCUACUGAAGGAGAGAAGAGCGACUGCGGGUUGAACGACCACAGCAGCGCCUUCCAGUCGCCGAUUGCGCACGCAGUUCGGUCUAUCCCGGACCUCCUCCACAGGACGGAGAUUCUGGCGAACACGCUCCGGCUUAACUACCUGGACGAAGGUGAUCCUCUCCGCUUCCUGCAUCGGGACGAGGUCGUACUGGUCCUAGUCGCGGAGGCGGUGGACAGCCUGACGAGGAUCGUGUACCGGCCGAGCAAUGCGCCGGACGCAGUGUUUACUGUGAGCCCGGCCGCCGUCAGCCUGGAGACCCGGCUGUUCACCCUCCGUGCCCAGCACGGGGGUAUUGGACGAGUGUACGACAACAUGCCAGACAGGUGGCAGGAGCUCGCGGAGAUCCUCAGUAUCGGACUCGGACCUUAUCCUCAUGAAGAUCGCCUGUACACUCCCUGGGAGUGUGGCGUUUGCUGGGAGCCCCUCGGGACCGAAUGGUGGCUAUGCCCGAUGUGCAAUAGAUUGAGAAGCCAGGAGGCAGUGGACGCUUUGACUGGAGAUGUGCUGACUCGGUCUUAUCCAGAGCGUGACGGGGCGCUGGGAGCAGCGUACGUCGCGCGGACGCAGGCCUGGGACUGCCAGGUGUGCGGCACGGUCGGAGCAGCGGAGCAUUGCAUAUGUCUUCGCUGCGGAGUCAGGAGGGCUGAGACGCCGUAUGCUCAGUGCCGGGCGGCGUUCGGCGCGGACGGAGCUGCCCACGAUCCCGGACCAGACCCAGUCAUCAUCCAGGUAGGCGAAGCGAUGGAUGUCGCGUCGCGGGGGCCGACCGUCGUCCCUUGGGACGCGGCUUCGGUCCGCUCCUGGCCGGACUCAGAGGCCGGCGGCACAGAUCAGGCGGCGCGAGCCUCGAGGCCGGACUCAGAGGCCGGCGGAGCAGAUCAGGGACCGCGGGCCUCGACCGACGGUGAAGAAGCUGAGAGUGGUCUGAACGAUCACAGUAGUGCCUUCCAGUCGCCCUUCGCUCAAGCAGCAGCGUCGGCUGCAGCAGCGUCGGCUGGACGGCCUGACGGACAAGCGGGGGCGCUCGACUUUCCAGAAUGGACGUUGGAUGGCCCAGUCGUUGAUCUGCUUGGAGGGCGCCCGACUGUCUGGACAGAGGUCGAGAUCGCGCAGGAGGUUCUGCUGGAAGGGUGGCUUCACGCCGCGAAGUUCCCCGCGAAGCUAGGCUACGACGAUUCAAGCCGGAUCGAGAAGGCCGGCCCCGGCAGCGAUAGCCGAGGUGGCUACCCCGAAGCACAGCCGGUCUUCAACGAGAUGAUGACGAGGUAUCCCGAAGCGGAAGACCAAGCCAAGCUCAGAGACCUGCUGGUCGGACUAGUUCCUGGACUCGAACCCAGACAUUGCGAUAACUGCGGAGCCCGACUGUUCCCGAUGGUGAAGGCCCGAGCCAGUGCCGGGCCCAUCGGAGGGCGUCACCUACCGGAUGAGUAUCGGCGAAGAGAAGAGGAGCGCAGACUGAUCGACGACGGGACGCUUCUCUCGGUCGUCGGCUCUCUGGCCGUCUACGGGCACGAAGAGUGCAGCGAGUGCAGCACAACCAACGACUGCGCCGUCUGCUGGGCGGACGGAACGAACUGGGGCUGCGAGGAGUGCAUGGGAUGCGAGAGGUGCGGAGGCCACAUCGGCCAAGGGCCCUACAUGGCCAGUCUCGACGGCCUACGCAACGGGCCCUGCACCUGCGGACCGACACGGCCGCCGACUGAAGGUGAAGCGGCGGACGGCGGGCUGAACGACCACAACCCCGCGUUCCCGUCCCCCUUCGCUCAGGCGGCUCCUCGUGGGUUUCCUCACGAAGCGUCUGACGCUCAAGCGAGCGGUGAUCAGUCUACGAAUCUGAACUUGCUGCGCCCGCCACCGGGAACCACUACUGUGCUACAGUACCGCAGUGACGAUGACGACCCAGCGGCGAUGACUGGCUACAUCGAUCGACAGCCGACCGCGAACGACCGGUGCUACCCGUGGAGGAUAGAAGAUCCCGACGAUCCGAUGAGGUGGCUGUUCUUCUCGGAAGUGCACAGCCUCAUCAUGACGGAGGCUCGUCACUACGCUGCGACCAUGCCGAACGCGGCGCCAACGGAGGUAGUGGCCCGAGCAUGGGACGCGCACGGACCUUUUCGCCGGAUCAUGAUGCGGUGCGCUCGUUCCGGACAAUUCGCUCUGCAGGACAGCUUCACGACCAGCUUCAGCAUGGGCAUGCUCUACAAUCUCAGAGAGAGCCAGCCGUGCCGAGGCUGUGGCGAGCGAGUGUCCGUGGAAUGGUGGAUCUGCCCGAUGUGCCACCGACAGUGGCUGGACGAGACGGAUCAACCGAGUGCGGCGAGGCCGCCGCAGAAGGCGAGCAGUCACCCGCACCCAGUGGACGGGAUGCCCGGGGCGCCAGAUAACCCGAGGGGCCCGAAGCUCGUGAACGCGAACGAGUUGGGCAGGUUCAACUGGAUCUUCGGCCAGAGCGUCUACGAACCGCCGAACGGGGCGCCUGAGAGGUGCCGUGGCAGCGAGGGCGAGUCUGACUGGAAGGACGGGCUACCUGGAGCAUUCUGGAACGCUCGCGAGGCAUGCAAUAAGAACAGCACCUUGACAGUCUGGUGCCCCUGCAUCAAGAGUUGGAGGCAUGACGGCAGACAUGAGAUGUGCACCAUGAGAGACUCGACCCGGAGGUAUCGUCUGAACGGGGGUCGGGGAGAGCUGACAAGGAGCUUCUACUGUUGGGCGUGCGGAAGUAUCGAGUUCGGAGACAGCUGGCACUGCAAGAUACAUGAAAUCGAUUUCUGUAUGAGGUGCCGCGGCCAGUUCGGCAGGGAGUACCUUCCUUCAUUUUGGCUAACUUGGGAAGUCGUUAUGGAGCGAAUGGGGCACGGAGGACCCGACGGCCCGAUGGAAGAGAAUCUGGUCGACGAGCACGAGGACAGGCACGACCCCACGGUCAGAGAGUUCAUCCACUUUGGCAUCAACCCCGCCGAGAUCAAGACGAGCUAUGACGGCUCUACUCCGUGCUCGAACGCGGAGAUGCGGGACGACAAGAUCCGACGGCUAUUGGAUGCAGCCCGUGUGGCGGAGCAAGAACGGCUGGACGCCGCAGCCAUGAGCGGGGCGGUCCUGCGGGCCGAGAGGCGGGCAACCAGCUCGGGAGCCCCCACAGGGCGGGGUGCUGUAGCGAAGGCGCAGCAGACGCGAGGAAGCAGGCCUGGGAGCAGGCCCGGCAGUGCUGGCAGCAGCCGGCAGAGUGUUACUCCACGAGGAUCGGUGGCUAGCGUGGCUGGUGUGCUGACGCCCCGAGCGAGACGCCGGGACUACCGCCGGCGUUUGCCCGUGUAUCUUGAAGGUUUGGUGCCAGAAGACGAGACCAUCAAUGUCCUGAACUGGUGGAACUCAGUCAGCAGGAACGUGCAGAUGCGACUCGAUCACGUCCUGAAGGAGCAUACCGACCGCGGCCGGACAUGGUGGAACUGGUGGGAGUUGUGCGGCUACUUGGCAGGUCAGCUCUUGCGGCACGGCAAGAGAGGUAACUACGAUCGAGGACCGCAUGACACGCUGCGGGGCUGCCCCGACUGCCCGGACAUCCGGAGCUGUUGGGCAGGGCCCGCAAAAGUUCCAAGGCUGCGCGAGGACAUGUGGAUGAAGGUCUCGGACAUCGUCAGGUUUCCGAACAUGAAGUUGACAGGGAUGACGGAGAACGACCUGGUGGCCUACAUCCAUCGGAUGCAAAGUCGCCGCGACGUUCCAUUGGACAUGAAGAGGAUGCAGUUGCAAGUGGUCGACGGCGUGCCCUACGCCCGAGCGGUCCAAGGGCGCUCAGCGGAGGCUCUUCUGAGCGCCGGAGUCGAAGGCGACGAAGGCGUCAUGGGGCUUGCUUGGUUCCCGCCGCCCGAGCAGAGGUUCAUCUGCCAUGGCUUCAACCGAGUCCGCGACGUGGACCUGCGCCGAGACGGGAUCCUCUGUGGGGGGACCACAGCGUACCGCGUGUCUAUCCACUGCACGCUAUCGCCGAACGGCUUCGUCGAUCCCCUAUCUGGGCAAGCCUACCAAGGGACGAAGGGCAACGCCUACGCUGAGAUCGACGUCCACCGCCUGGCGAAGAACUACACGGCGAAUGGCCUGCCGAUCGUGUUCUACAUGAACAAGAGCGGCGUGAUCCUCGUCAGGGGGGCCGUAGGCGUGCAGGAGAACCCGGAGUGCAUGAUGAAGAACGUGGAGAGAUAUUGCAUCCCUCCGGACUGCAUCGCUCACCUGAGGGGGACGAGUAGUACAGGAGCCGAGCCGACGGUUCGGCUGACCAUGAACGACAUCUACAAGAAUCCUGAGAGGUUCGCUCCCCCAGAACCGUAUGCUGGCAUCAGCAACGAGAAGGGCAUCAUGCAUGGCAUGAACUGUGUCCGGCACCUCAAGACGAAGACCUACAACGUGAUCGUGACCGUCGCGUCCAGCCCAGUCACUGACUUGGACACCGGCUCGACGGGCCCGUCCGCCAUCGUCAACGCGGCGGACAUCCACUGCCUGGGAGGCCAGGGUGUCGACAAGGCAGUCAACGACAAAGGGGGACAAGGACUUCGAGAAGCACGACGACGAUUACCAGUUGUGGGUCGCGAACAUGGAAGGGACGUCCGGUGCUGGACAGGCAGGGCAGUACUCACUGGAGCGGGUGACCUGACCUGCAACUACGUGAUCCACGCAGUUGGGCCUGAUCUCAGGGACAGGCGAUACGGAGAUCGCGAUGGUGAAAGGAGAGGACUGCAAGACGUGGCUAAUGCCUACGCCUCCGCUAUGCAACGGGCGAAGGAGAAAAGAGUCCGAAUCGUGGCUUUCUGCUUGCUCUCGGCAGGAAUUUUCGCAGGAAAGGCCGUGGCGAAGAAGCAGAUCAUCGAUCGCAGCCUGUCCACCAUCGCAGAUUACGAUUAUCCAGAGCUGGAGCAAGUGUUCGUCUGUGGCUUCACGGACGAGGAGAUGAAGAUCCUGAUCGAGUGCUGUGACGACUAUGCGCGCUGGACGCCGAGUGAAAGCCCCGCGCCCGAGCGGCGCGUUGUGCUGAGCGAGAGGCCAGCGGACAGCAGCGGGACGAGGAGAGUCGAGCUGAGAAAAGCCGACCCGACCCAGAGGCGGGAAGGCAGUGCCGCGCAAGGAUCUCCCGAGCCCGACGAGCAGAAGAGAGAGAGGAAGAAGAGGGCCAUAGUCACCGUCAUCGAUCGCGACGGAGUCCAGGCCAUCGUACCUGCUCAAGGGCGGAAUGUCGUCCCGGAGACAGUGCUGUCCCAGCGCAUCAUUCAGGCGAAGGAGCUCUUCGACUACGCGUCGAAUGAGGAGAACACGGACGAGCUCAGGAUGUUCGAAAUCAAGGCCAGACGAGGUGCGGAACAAGAUCGAUUGAGAGGAGCUAAAGAGUCAGAUCGAGGCCUCCAUAGAGAUCUUCUGAGAGCAAACGAGAUGGAGACGCAGCUGAAGGACCAGACUGUUGUCAAGGACUCCCAGUCGACGGAGAUCAGAGACACGGAUGUCGCCAGGAUGGUCGCGCUCAACGGCUCACACGGCGGAUCCUCUGCCUCAGCAGUUGCAGAAGCAGAGCAGGGGGGAGAUAUAGCCGUGAAGAGCUAUCCAGCGUACAUCAUUCCUGAAAGAGCUCCAUCCAACGAGGAGCGCGCCGAAAGGAAUCGACGCGACCUCGAAGAGUUCAAGAACGCAUUUUUCGUCCAGAUUGCAGCACAUUUCGAGGAAGCCGUAGCGAACAUGCGCGGCGAAUUGAUGCAGUACUACGACGCGAAGAACUCGGAUGAUCCAGACAUACGGAGACUCAGCCAAGCGACGAUCGACCAGGAGAGAGAGAAUUCCCCGGGUCCCGAUUCCGACCCGAAGUUGCCGGACAAGGAGACCGCGGAAGCCCCUCGAGGGGUGGCUGAGGACGAGAUAGACAAAUUCAAGAAUGGGGACUUCUCCGACUUGGCCAAUCUCUGGAAGGACCAGUGGUUGCUCGUCAAUGAAGGGCUCAGGCCGUAUUCGGAGGUCCUCACCAGGCUGUACAAGCGGAAGGACCGUUUCGACAAAGAGAUCAAGCGGAGCAAGCGGGACGAGCCAGGAGCCGAUCCAGUUUCUGAAAUGGAUACUCUCGUGGGCGUCCGCAAGAUCGUCAAGAAGCAGAUCCGCAAGCUCAGGAAGUUGUGGGAGGACAAGCACGACUACGAGCAGACCGGAAAGGACAGCAGUCUGCGGAGACGGUUUCUGGGCUUCAGCGUCGUAGCAGCAGCGGCUUGGCAGGAUGCGAGCCGCCGUGUCCGAGAUUGUGCAGCCCGGAACCAGAUCACCUACGAGGCGAUGAGGAUCGGUGCGACCGCUCUCCAGAAGGUCGCUGAAGGCACGGGUCAUCCCAUACCCGACGUUCCAGCGAUGGCCGACGGCAUGGCGAGAGUCGAACCCGGCUUCGCGGAAGGAGCCCGAGACGGCUUACGAGCGGCGUGCGAAGGAGAUGCGGAGCUCACCGAGUACAUCAGCGAAGAGAUCACGAGGCGCAUCAACAGGAACGACGCACCAGGAGGAGGUGACAUCCUUAGCGACAUGGCGGGGAUGAGCUUCGAUGACCGACGAAAGGCACUCGAGAAUGCUCGAGCAGAGGCAGCUGCGGCUGGAGCAGGACUCGGUAGCCAGAGCGCCGAGUGCUCGCUGGAGGAUUUGAGAACCUACAGCGGUUAUGGCAUCGGCUUCGCCAAUGACAGGGAGUCGAAGACGGACGCGAAUCCGCUCAUCCGCCUCCCUGGGUUUGCGGCAGGAGUAAAGAUGCCGUUUCAGCACAGCAGAGUGGACGACCUCGCGCAGGCGGUUUUCAAGAGGGUAGCGACCGAGACCGCCAGCGGCCUGAAGGAGAAGAUUAUCGGCGUCCACAACAUCCGUACUGCCAGACCCGAGGAUGCUGCCAAGGGACGCGACGAGUUGAGCGCCAAUCGAGAGGUCUUCUACUACCUGAACAACAUGACCGAUCUUUAUCUGGAAGAAGUUGACCUGCCUGAAGAAGAGGACUCAGGCUCGGAAGAAGAGAAGGCCGACACCCCAAAAAGGCUCACCAAGAGGAGCCUCAAAGUUCGUCUCAUGAGCUUGAUGUUGAAGCGGCUGAAGGACGAGAACCUCGUCACGAACCGCAGCAUCGCUGAGAACUUCGAGCUCCAAGACGUGUUCCACGACGCAGUGGAGAGAGUGCUUCUGGAUUAUCGGCGGAGGUUCGGAGCGAAGGGAGCAGGGAUCCUCCUGUGCCUGGCGACGAACUUCUCGACGGCCGGGAUGGUGAAGCAGCAGGGUAUCGACCAGACCUUUGCGAACGAGAGGAAGAAAGCAAGGAGAGAGGCUCGACAGGCGGACGUCGACCCGGUCACGGGCAAGAAACCGGUGGGUGUUUCAGAGAUGAAGAGACACUACCUUGAAGCGAAGGCCGGAAUAGACGAUGAGAUCAUCGACCACAUAGCCGACCGGCUUACUGAGACGGGAGCCUUCCCCCGGGAUGGGCCCCCGUUGCCCGACGAUCUCAAUCCGUCGAGCCAUUCCCCGAGUGCUGACUCUAAGGGCACAUCAGGUCGGACCCAGUCUACCGAGCAAGGCCGAGCACCGAGAGGGGCGAAUUUCAGCCGACAGGCGGAAGCCGCCGGAGCCGGAGCUGCGGCAACGAGCCUUGCCUCUGCCUCGGCCCCAGUUCGGCCGAUCAAGACCAGCAAACCAGGAUGGCUCGGUGAUCGCAUCGUGAAGUUGAAGAAAGUAGAAGGAGCGUAUUCGGAAGACAUGGAGUCUAGGAUGGAGAAGCAUCGACACGCUGACCCAGUGGGUAGGACCGUCACCCAGAACCUUGAGCAAAAGUAUGCGCAGAUCUCUCAGAUCAAGCAGACCAGACAGCUCAAGAAGAGGGGCGGAGAUCCUGCCCCAGGCGUGGACGACAGCUCGACCGAAGCCAGAGCUCGGUCACAGCGAGCCGAGGGGUCCUCCCCCGCAGCCGGAGAGGAUCAGGCCGAAGCCAGUACUCGGCCUGCCAAAGCGGCGAGGACAGGGAUCAAGACCGAGCCGGGCGACGAAGAUGGAUUCGACAUCGACCGAGUCGGCGUGUAUGUCCGGCAAGCAGCAGAGCAUCUGGACGCAGGAGCUCGGCCGGACGACGCCGCCGCGUUGAUGCGGGCCUACGUGAAGGAGUCUGGGCGGUUGAACCACCUGCGCCGCAAGGCGGACUCUGAUGGACGACGGGAAGUACGUCAGAAGCUGGAGCAUGCUGGAGACGAAGAGGCUUCUCAGCAGGGGCCGAAGGACGACGAGAAGGACCUGUGCGAAGAGCACGCUGAUAUGGCGAUGGAUCUCGUCGCCUCUGCGAUGGAGCGCGUGAAAGGCGAGUCCACAAGCCGACCCGCAAGUGGCGUGGACGCGGAGAUGGCUACGCCGAGCGCUGCCGGAGGUGUCCUCAAGCCGGAAGGCGCGGGGUCCCGGAGCUCAACUCUGGAUGAAGCGCUGAAGACGCCCGCGGAGAGAAAGUCUCGGAACAAUACGUUCGACGAGGAGUUGACGAAGAUCGAGAUCGAGAGGAACCUCCAUAACCUAACCAGCAAGUUCGACAAGCUCAAGACGGUAGAGGCUGCGUGCAGUGCAGACUUCGACAAAGAGAUCGCGCUGCAGGCGCUGCAGGGCAUGUACGACAAGAUCAUGAACGCCGUACCUCCGAGCAAGGCCCCGGAUCGAGAUGACCGGGUGCCCGCGGAGAUGGAGAGAAGCGAGGACCUGGAAAGGACGGCCCCUUCGCUUGUGACCCCUGCAGUCUCAUGGGACACCUUGUACAGGGCUGCUCGCCUAGCCGAGCACCCCAACCGGGAUGUCCGGACGCUCCUCAGAGACGGGUGCGGUUAUCUCGCUGACAGCUCGGAGAAGAGUAACGCGGACGCGGUGCGAAAAGGACUGGUUGCGAUCUUCAUGGAGUCGGUCAAUACCAUGAGGGAUACCAGUCUCUCCAGCGGCCAGAAGGAGCGGAUUCUGCCGUACCCUCAGAUCGGGCUAGCAAAGUGCGAGCAGCUCAGGUCUUAUUUGGACCCGACUGAGCCGUAUGCCCAGAUCGGCGAGGAGGAGUGGACUGCGAUUUGUGACCACUACGGGGCCAUGUAUUCCAGUGGCGACUCUGACGAUGAGGAAGCGAUGGUGUUCCGCCGAGGACAUGGAGCAGACCACAAGAUCCCAGGGUACAUCUUCAAGAGAGAAAAGUACGAAGGAGUGAUCGAGAGGACACUCCUGUUCCCGCGGAUUCACCCAGUCACAGGCCAAUUCGACUUCAUCACUGAGCGAGACGUCCGGAACUGGGGUUAUGACACGGGAGAGCCCCAAGGUCGGCGACACCCUCUGGCCUCUGACAAGGCGGAGUUGCGAGACUUGGCGGACAGGAUCGAUGGCCAGGUUCGCUUCGGAGAUCGUAACUGGCCGACCAACUUCGAUCAGCAGGUUGAAAGGAGCCGAUCGCGGCUCUCCAUCAUGCAGAAGAAGUACAGGGUCUUCUACAUCGGAGAAAGAACGGACGGACCAGCUCACGAGCUUUACGUUCUACCGAGGCCCAGCAUCUUGUUGAACCUGAUGGGGACCCUCUUGAACAACGUGGAGCUGGUCUGGGCGGUUAUCAGGAUCGGGAUGCGAGAUAUCGUGAUUCCAGGCAAGCGCUGUCUAGCCUGCCCGCAUUGCGAUCGUCCCUGGCAUGAGAAGUUCCAUAGCGGUCCGACCGAGAAGGCGGACGUGCGGCUUUGCGCAGUGACAAACUCGCUUGUGCAUUCCGAUUGCUGGCCGGCCCAUAUUCUCCAGAACACCGAUGAAGCUCUAUGCCGAGGGCUUCGGAAGUUGUCGCAGGAAUGGCAAGAUUUCCGUGCUCUUCUCGCAGAAGAAUCUGAGUGGUGGCCGGACUCAGGAGCACCUGAACCGGUUCUGCGGACCGCCGACAGGAGGAGCAACGAGGAACGGCUCAAGUCGGACCAGGCCGCGUACCAGCCGGAUGCUGACCACAUCUUCAGCGCGAGGACGGAAGCGGCCAUGCGAGAACUCAUGGACUCCGCAUUGAUGGCGGAACGAAUCCAGGAUCGAGCUUUCCCAGAACCCGAUCGAGAGAACAAGUAUUCCGACAUAGACUUGAACCUGCAGUUCAGUGAUCCAGAGCGAAAAGGCCUGGAGGGCAGACGUGAGCUCGUGUAUCAGGUCAAUGCGAUCGAGGACUUCCUUCGCGUGUUGGCGAUCAAGAACAACCGUUCGGAGAACUCCGCCUAUACUCCCCUAUCGGGAGAAGAAGGUGCGCGGAAGCAGGCGGAGAUCGCGAGGCAGUCGCAGUACUCGGACGACGAGAACAUCGCCCCCGGGAAGUUCUGCUCGGCGCGCGGGAGCGUCAUGUGCUUCCAGGGCGCGGACCGGCGUGCCCGACAGAGGCGGCCGGAGAGACUACGCGCGGUCCUCGGCGGGCUCUUCAGCCGAGUUCACGAGGAGCUGGAGAGCUACGACACGGACACAGACAGCCAGCUAAUCCAGAAUGAGCUGGAAGGAUGGACCUUGGAGGAAGCGCGGGAGCGGCUUCGGCGGUUCCGACGCCAGACCACGCGCCAACUCACGUUGAUGGAACGAAACCGUGGAGUGAGAUUCGGGUCUCAUGUCGGCAGGUUAGCUCGACAGGGCAAGGUGCUCGAGCCAGGGACGGGCAUCAACAUGUGGACCGAGGCGGAGAUCGAGGAGCACGUUGUGGCUCAACUCCGUUCAGUCAAGGACUGGACCGGCGACCGCUUCGUGACCGGCACGGAGGAUGACGUAGUGAUACGCGCGUCUAUCUCGACCAGGCCGCGGGACGCUCCAGUCCAUGAGCGGCUAAGCCAGCAGUUACUUCAAGGACGAGCAGCAGCAGCUCUUGACCUGGCAGUCCAGGCUUCUUGCCGGGCGGACGACAAUCAGAACGGCAUUGCUGGACUGCUGAUUCGAAGCCUGCUGGAGCAGUUCUUGACGGAUUGCUCGAUGGCGGACCUGGCGCCGGUCGACUACGGCGGAGGCACUGCGGCGAAGACCAAGGUCAUGGUGCUCAUCAAGAUCUUGUAUCGAGUGUAUGAGCGCAGUAGACAGGUCGCUGCAGCUUCGCUCCGGGAUUUCCCACCGAACAUUCUUGACCGAGCAGGAGAGGUUGCCCUAGAGAGAGUCGGGGCGGCGCUGGUCAGGAAGCGCAUGAUCGACAGGAAGUUCGUGUGCGUCUUAGGGGAGGACUCGAGUCAUCACGCGACCGUGACUGUUUACGCAGACGUACCGUCGGCAGGGAAGGUAUGGAUGGAGCAGAUCGGGUCACUCAAGUCUUCGGGCUACGAGGCGAGCGUCAGAGCGACGGAUGACCGGGACGACGCCGCAGAUGGGAGUGCCGCCUGGCACCAUCAGGAUGAGGACGACGUGUACGAGUCGCGUCAACGUCUGAUCGACGAAGGAGAAGUACACUGCGUCUCGCCCGAGGACUCCGAGAUCCACCUCAUCAGGACGGAGUACAUGCUCGAGGAAGAAAAGGCUCGCAGCGGCAGAUUGUUUCCCGAAGAAGAUGAAGGUCACGUUCUGUUCAGGACCGCGACCAUCAAGACGGCGCUCAGGAAGCUGUACCGAGCAGGACAGCUGGGCAUGGAUUUCUGGGUAUGCCGAAAGUGCGGGACCCCGAACCACCCGUCGGGGACGAUCUGCAGAGUAGCCUUGUCGAUCGAUCGACCACGAUGGGUGAAGACAGUCCACCCUCUCCUGAGCGACAGGCCAGGAGCUCACCCGAGGCAGUACAGGACCGUCAAGAUGACCAGAGCUUGGAGAUUCAAGAACGGGAGACCUCAUGAGCUGGAACAGGAGCCGAGAUCAGGAUCGGUGAACCUAGCCGAUGGGAUCUUCCAACCCUACGUCUCGGCGGGCGAAGGCAUGGGGCAAUGGGUCGUGCUCUGCGACGGGACAAGGGCGACGACCUACGGAGGAAUAUUCUUGGAAAGAGGCGAUUACCGGCCGAAUGGCAGAGCGACCGCCAUCUUCCGAGCCCUGACCCGAGACGAAGGAGUCCAGGACUACUACGAAGGCCGGACUGAUCAACAGAUCACGACCGCGAUUCGAGACGAGUUGGAGGCGGACUCGGACUUGCUGCUGGACAAGCUCCGCAUCUUCUACGACCGAUGGGUCGCCUUGUGGCAUACCGCCGGGUACUUCAAACACCGGCAUGAAGACGAGGCUCAGAAACGAGUCGAGUCGGAGGCCAACGCGAUUAUUGGUUCUCUGAGGACGUGGAUCCAGCAGAGCCUGGAGCGACCUGAACAAGGUGGAUGGAUCUGCCAUCUAUGCCACUUCGUGCGCGACUGGGAUGAGACGGUCGCCGAAAUUGCGGAGAAGGACCCAAGCAACGUCGUGGUCACGAGGCAUGCUGCUGGACUCAGAAGCCGGCUGACAAUCUCGCAGAGAGGCACUGACGUGGACACGAUUCACAGCGACGACUUCAUCAGGCGGAUGGUCCCGCGCGGACUGACCCACCGGUGCGUCAUGAAUGAUCACUUCCGAACGCAGUGUUGGGAUUGUGGUCACGUCAGGUACGGCCUUAAGCCGGAGCAGUACGGCGAGAAGAGCUACGCCUAUCUGUGCAGCGAGUGCAACCCCACCGGGGACAUGCGAGCGGCCAUCGUCACCACACGGCCUCGAGUAUCCGAGGCGAGUUGCCCUCUCUGCGGCACUGUGCCGAACGAGGAGACGACGAAAUAUUGGCCGAACCCGCCGAUGAGCAUGGAGCACGUCCAGGCCAACCUCCAGAGGGUGCGCCAGGACAGGCCGGGGGUGGGCUUCCCACGAGUUCACUAUGGGAACGAGGAGUUCAUGCCCCCCGCUGUGCUACCCGACAUGUCCUGGGGAGGCCUGGCCGGCCUCACAGACGAGAACGGGUUCGAUCUCGGAGCUCACGCGCACAAGCGCUUCUCGAGGGCGAUCAAGGACAACUGGGAGAUGGACAAGAUUACGCUCGUAAGCUCCAUGCAGUUCUCCCAUUUGCGGCAGUCAGAAGAGAUCAAUGAGAGGCGCGUAGCUACCUUGAGAAGGAUGGACAUGCAGCCGAACUGGACCGCGGACGAGACCGAGCAGAGGAAUCAGACGGAAACCGCGGCCAGCGCAUCAAGCGGACCCGGAGCAUGGAGCACCGGAGGUAACGGCCAGACGCUGACCGAGAUGGCGGCGGAGCAGGAGUCAGUUUUCCCUGCCUUGUUCGUGACGCUGAUUGUGCUCUGCCUUACUGUAGCGGCGUGGUAUUACUGGAGGCGUGCGACGGAGUCCAGUACCACCCGUACUACCAGUCCGACAGCCAACAGGACAGCCAUGAUCAUGGUGAAGGCUGGGGCCUCUGUCGGGGGGCUCUGCUUGAAGAUCGCCUGGAGGAUCGCGGAGGCAGCUGUCAGGAUUUUGUAUUUUGUGCUGCGGACGAUCAUCGUGGAAAACAUGAUGCCGAAGAAGAGGAAGAAGUGGAUCGUCAAGAUGGAAUCGAGUGUACGACUUCUGAUCGAGGAGGAGCUCACUCAGGAGCUCACUGCCCGUCGGACGAACUACAGACAGACAGGGCCAGCCGAGAUCAAGGAAACAGUUUUGCGCGCGAUGUAUCCGGCCAUCCGUGAGAAGGCGGAGAGACUGAUGCGCAUUCCGCUCCGACACAUCGAAGCCGCGUGCAAAAGGCGCGGCCUCCCUGUGACGGGGAGCCAUCAGAUGAAGUGCCUCUGCCUGGCGGCGUGCGAGAACAGGAAGAUCCAUACUCCGGAUGAAUGCGUGGACGCGGCUCUGGAAGGGUUGCCUGUCCCGCGGAUUCCUGCUUUCGAUGAUCUUAGCGUGAGACCGACAAUUCGAUAUGUCCAGACUGGGAAGGCUGAGUCAGAGCAUCGGAUCGUGAACGUGUUCCCGCCGGAGUUGCGGCUCACGAUUACGGUCAUGACGGACAGGGUGCACGAGGACGACCUCAACAGGGUCCUUCGCGGGCGAGGUCUUCCAGCGGAAGGUACGAAGCUCAUGAAGUGCAUCCACCUGGUGGCAUGCGCGAAUCGUCAGCCGGACUACUCAGACGUCGGGGUGGACGCCGUGAUGGCGAUUGCGACGGAGACCACGACGGAGGAGAGGCACAAUCUCAGCGCACCUGAGCUGAUCAGGCUCGCCCGGACACGGCGAGAAGCACAUGCAGCAGGUGCAGCCGGUGUCCCGGGGCUCAGAGGAGGUGGAUCGACAAGACCGCCGACCGUAGGCGAGGCGGGCGCGAUGGGCUUGAAUGACCGCAACCCGUCGUUCCCCUCGCCCUUCGCCCAGCCGUACGGACUGGUCGCGAUGAGCCUCACCUGCCUGAUUGCUGGCAUCCUUGUCCAUGUGUUCCAACAAUGGGCGAGAGCUGUCGGACAAGGAGGAGCCUUCGUCAUCAACAGCACGACGAUGACCGUUGGAGAAAUUGUGCAACGCUUCGGAGAUCUCGCUCGUACAGUUUUCUCGACUUUGGAAGACAUGAUCGACGAGAUCGGUGUGACAUGGAGUUGGGUUGCCGGAAACGUGAGAAGCUUUACUGACGUGGUCUUCCGCGUCAGUGCCACAUGGACGACAGUUGGAAUGGCGAUCAUAGCGAUAUGCGUGAUCUGUUACCUUCUGGUAGUUAUCUGCGAGGAUCCAGAUACGUUCUACUUCAGAGACGGCAUUCACAGAAUUGCUGGGUCCGCACACCGGAUCUUCCUCUUGGCGCAGCGAGCUGUUCCUUUAACGCCGGACAUGAUUGUCGACCUGAUGUCUGAGGAGGACCAAGACCAGGUCAGUCACGAGCUCAAGCCAUCUUCUUGGGCAUGGGAGUUCGGAGAGGACCAGAUGAACGACCAGAACUUCGAUGGGUUCCAGCCCCGAUCGGGGAGCGUCAGCACCGAGAGGUCCCUCGGCCAAGCUGCGCUCCUACCGCUGCAGAGAUGGCUGGUCCGAGGACCUUCCCGCAGUAGCGGCUGCGACGAAUCUGUAGUCUACAAGAGGAUCGGGAACGAGGUGGAGGACUGGAAGGAUGCACGGAAGUUCUACCACCCGAGUCAGGACCGGGUAAGUGUCGGUGACUGGCUUUGGAUCAGCAAGCACGAAGAGUACGGAUGCGAGCUGUGCGUCCAUUGUGCCUUCCUGUGCAUGAAGUCCUACAGAGCGAAUGCCAAGACGCAGCUGUUCGUGGAAGGCCGCCUGAACGACCGAUACGAUCUUGACGGAUAUCCACGGGACGUGGUGUGGAAGAUUCCAGGAACAGUCGGCACGGGCUCUGUGAACCGCCAGAACCAGAUCAUGACUCCGACCCGGAAGGACGAUGCAGAUGCUAGGCUCGAUCGGGAGCUGGCGUUGCAUCGUGAGAAGAACAUGACCAAGACGUCAGCGAGUAUCCCUACUCAGCAGGGGGGAGCUCGCCUGGAAUCGCUCACAGUCGAGAUGACCGUGAGCACGACCCAGACCGAGAGUGAACUCGAGUGGACAAAUCGGAUUCACGAAGGAGAAGCUGCGUAUCUCUGCCUGAGCAAGCCCCUCGAUCCAGAUGACGAGGAUCAGGUCAAGCUUCAGCGACUUCUGAGGCUGUUCUGCCCGAAGAUCGAGGACGACAGACUACCGGCCGAGGUGGAGCACGAGUUGGUGCUGUCCAAAGGCCACGGCCCGGGAGUGUCCUUCCUGCAGCUGACCCCCGCCUUGGUGGGCACGCAGCGGCACGAGAUGAUGCGCUUCUUCAUUCGCUUCGAGAAGUACCUGAUGAUUUCGAAGCUGGACGGAGAGUCGCCUACGUACGAAGAAGCGUGGGAUGCGAUGCAGCGUCUCCUUUGGGGACUGGCGGCCACGCUCUACAGGUACCUGGACAUGGACUAUGACGACCCGGAAGUCCUAUUCGGCCAGACGGGGUCGAGGUGCGAGAUCUUCCGAUGGCUGUUGCUCAAUGGAGCAGGCGUCUACCGAAAGGCGACAGUGGCUUGGGACGAGUCUGACCUCGUCGGUGCUCCGGGCGCGCAGGACCUGAACGCCGAGGCGUAUAGCUUCCUGGUGAAGUACGAAUUUGCGGGAUGUGAUUGGGUUCCGGCGCGCAAGCAUCGGACUGUACGGGGUGAGACCGACCGCAGGCCAGCUAAUGAGUUCGAGAAGCGGCUCUUGGUUCAGUUCGAGGAGCCGUCCGACUCAGCAAGCGGACGCAGCUUGGUUUUCGUACCAGCCGAUGAGACGACGAACGGGAAGAAUCCGUCUCGGAGGAUCAUCUUGGACAGCGGUUCGUCGGUUAGUGUCAGAAGCGCGAACGCCGACGCAGGAACCGAUGCCCGAGCCAGUGCCGGGCCGGAUCAGUCAGUGACAGAUGUGAGAGGAGCGACGGUCCGGACACAGCGGGUCGAGGCGAUCACGGACAGGGUGAGAUCGGUGGUGGAGAGCCUACACCCUCCUAAGAAUGUCUACUCGGGGACUGGCCCGUAUAUCGACGGAGGAACGGGUCAGAGUCCAGCAGUGGUCUACCCAGUCGGAGCUGGAGUGCUCAUGAACGACCUGUUCGCCCUUCGACGCGACGGACGAGGAAGUUUGCAGCCUCAGGGCUUCAACGCGAAUCGGAGGGGGAACAGCCAGUCCAUAUCGACAAGAGUGGACACGGUUCCGACGGGUUCGAGCUGGGAUGGCAUGGAGGAGUUCUUCAACAUGUACAUGCCUCCAGCAGGGACCGCCGCUGCCGUACCUCACGUGGGAUUACUGAUACGGGAUCCACACGGUAUUUCUCGGGGUAACGUUCAGUACACGGGGUACAACGGACAGGUUGCAAUUCCUUUGUUCUUCCCCAUGGACGGGGCCAGAGUUGUGGGACUUUGCAAUGGACGCCAGACGCACGAUGUGGUUUGCUAUUUGCUCGAUCGAGCCGCUGCUGGGGAUGAUGCCACCCUAUUCGGCUACACGUUCGACCAUCCGAGGAUUGCGGAUCGAAUGACCGCUGCCGCCAUCCGUGGAGUCGACGCGCUCAUGAACCUCAACGCGGAGGAGGUCGACGGGGAGAAAGAUCGGACGAGAACACCGAGCACCCUCUUGAGAAUGAUGGGAGAGUGCAACGAGGCGGGCUGCUUGCACCGGCUUCAUGUGAGGAAGAGCCGGGGCAGCAAUCUCCUUCCAGUGUACUCGGCCUAUGCCCGACAGCUGUCAGGCCGCCUUAGCGACAAGCAGGGGGCGCAGCACAGCAAGGUAUUCUCCGUCGGGAAGUUUCUGAUUGUCGGAUCGACGAACUGGACAGUGUCAUCGGAAGCGAAUCAGGAGUUGUCCGUGUUGCUGUACAUCGAGCCGAACGGGACGGACCUCAGAGCUCAGGCCCUGACCGACAUGGGUCGAUCGGGGAUAGCUACGACGUACGCGGAGAUCCAGGAGACCGUGGAGAAGGAGCGCAACCAGAUCAACAUAUUCAGAGAGCAGAGGUUGCGAGAGCCAGACCCUCGUCGAGAUCGAAGCGUGGAGCCGAGGUCUGUUGAAGUCACGGACGACCGCAGAAGGUCUCGGUUCUACUGA